GACGCGAAAACGUGCAUCAUUAGGAGUGUGUAACGGAUAGUUACAGAAUAUUUUGUCGGAGUAGUAUUUUUUUGCGUAGUGUAUUUCUUUGUGUAUUGAAUUAUUUUUUGUCUGGGAAAUGGAGGAAGAAGUUCCUGGACCGUCUAAUGCGUCUCCAACAAAGAGAAAUCCAUCGGGAAAGUUCGUUGAAUCUUCUCAGAAAAUGAUGAUCGUAGAUCUGUACAAAAGUCUCAAGGAGGAGCAUCCAGAAAUGAAGUACAGACCUCUCAUACAAUUACUGUCCAAACAGACUGGAAUCGGGCAAUUGACAAUUUCCAAGACUGUGUCCGAGUAUAAAUCAACAGGAACCGUUAAAUCUCCAAAUAAGAAGAGACCGCGCAUGAAUGUUUUGGAGAAGACGUCCGAGGAGGACAUAGUGGCCAUAAGGAGGAAGGUGCAUGAAUUUUGGUUCCGGCGCGAAAUUCCAAACGUGAGAAAAAUUUUGGAAGCCGUGAACCAAGAUCCCGAACUUCCAAGUUUCAGCGAAUCGUCGUUAUACCGGCUACUGAAACGAAUAGAAUUUAAAUACAUCAUUCGCGCGCGUAAUAGCGCGCUGAUCGACAAAGAACAUAUUGUCGCCUGGAGGCAGCGGUACAUACAGCAGAUACAAAAAUAUCGUUCCGAAGGGCGCCCGUUAUACUUCUUAGAUGAAACGUGGGUUAACGCGGGAGAUGUCAGGCGAAAACUUCGGGUCGACACUUCUAUUACCUGCCCUGCAAACGCGGAACAAAAGACCCUGUCCAGGGACAUACCGGCGCCCACCAACAAAGGAAAACAGCUAAUAAUAGGUCACGUCGGGUCAUCGGAUGGGUUUGUACCUGGAGCCCUCCUCUGUUUUGAGGCGAAGAAAAAUUCUGCCGGCUACCACGACGAAAUAAACAGCGACACAUUUUUCGACUGGUUUCGCAGCAUUUUGCCCAUGCUACGAGAUGGGGGGGUUAUUGUUAUGGACAGUGCUUCGUACCAUAGUACGAAAUUGGAGAAAUAUCCCAGCAUGAGCUGGAAGAAAAAUGAUAUUAUCACGUGGCUAGUUGCUAAGGGGGAAAAGGUAGAACCACAGUAUGUCAAAGCGCAGCUGGUACAAUUAUCGCGCAAGCUAAGGCGAUAUGAAUACGUAAUCGAUGAGUACGCCAAGCAGCAUGGACAUACUGUGGUACGCCUUCCCCCUUACCACUGUGAGCUGAACCCCAUCGAGUUAGCAUGGGCAAAAAUCAAAGAGUAUGUAAGGACGCGAAACACAACAUGCAAACUGUCUGAUGUCCACACAUUAGUACUCGAAGCCGUAGAAAAUGUGUCCGCCGAGUCGUGGCAGAAUUUUAUUCGCCACGCAACAGAGGAGGAAAACAGGUUCUGCCAACUGGACUACAUUACAGAUAGUAUUCUGGACGAAAGUGGUGAGUGGGUGGACCAAUCCGAUGACUCCGACAGUGACAUCGAUUUUUAAAUAUCCUUUUUUGUAUGUAAAUAUUUUGUAAAUAGUACAUUUUCUUGUAAAUAUCAUGUAAAUAGCGCAUCAAUGUACAUUUUCUUGUAAAUAUCAUGUAAAUGGCGCAUCAAUGUAUAUAUGGACAUUUUUGUGUAAUAUUUAUUAAACAUACACAUACUGAACGUGUGCAGACGCGCACGGUUUUUUA